GUGACACUUGAAAAAGACUCCAGUCUGUGCAGAAGUCAAGAAGCUGAAACUUUCUGAUUUUGUUGUUUCCCUGUCAGCAGCACAUGACUUGCAGGCUGUUUGGCUUUAGCUUCAGAACUAAAAUGUCCUCUGGAUUUGGUGUGAGAGUGUUUGUGCUCUCACUGUUGGCCUUUGGGCAGCAUGCAAAUGCUCUCAGCUUCAGAAGUGGAGGCUCCCAUGGUGUUACACCUUAUUUUGAUUAUCCAAGAGGCUUCAAACCAGGCUUCCCUUCCAGCUAUGAGAGCUCUGCACAGUCUGGAGGAUUUUAUGGUGGUUCUGAACACAGUUUCACUGGAAGUGCUUCACCCGAUCGCCUGAAGCCAGCUGCUGCACCGAGCGCAGGGGGUUCUAGUGGGUCCUAUGGUAGGCAAGUAGAUGGUUACAGUCCAGAGGGAAGUGUUUCUAGUUACAGGCCUGGCCCACUAGUCAAUCAGAAACCUAGACAAAACCCACAGCAGCCACCCCAAACUAAACCUGAUCCAAAUGUUGUCCAGACAAAAGAUGGCAUGUGGAAUUUUGCUCUUCCACAGAGUGGAAACCGCUUUGACUCUGGCAUCACUUCGAGUGGAAUUGGGAUGCAUUCUGAUCCCAGACUUAAGCUAGACUUUACGCCCCAGUCCUACCAGCCCAAGCCCCAGUCCUACCAGCCCAAGCCCCAGUCCUACCAGCCCAAGCCCCAGCCACCCCAAACUAAACCUGAUCAAAAUGUCUUCCAGACAAAAGAUGGCAUGUGGGAAUUUGCUCCUCCACAGAGUGGGAACCGUUUUGAGUCUUCUAUUGCUUCGAGUUAUGGAAUUGAGAUGCAUUCUGCUCCCAAACUUGAGCCCCAGCAGCGUCCUCAACCCUCUUACCCGUCCAAGCCCCAGCAGGCGGUGCAGCGUCCUCAACCCUCUUACCCGUCCAAGCCCCAGCAGGCGGUGCAGCGUCCUCAACCCUCUUACCCGUCCAAGCCCCAGCAGGCGGUGCAGCGUCCUCAACCCUCUUACCCGUCCAAGCCCCAGCAGGCGGUGCAGCGUCCUCAACCCUCUUACCCGUCCAAGCCCCAGCAGCAUCCUCAACCCUCUUACCCGUCCAAGCCCCAGCAGGCGGUGCAGCGUCCUCAACCCUCUUACCCGUCCAAGCCCCAGCAGGCGGUGCAGCGUCCUCAACCCUCUUACCCGUCCAAGCCCCAGCAGGCGGUGCAGCGUCCUCAACCCUCUUACCCGUCCAAGCCCCAGCAGGCGGUGCAGCGUCCUCAACCCUCUUACCCGUCCAAGCCCCAGCAGGCGGUGCAGCGUCCUCAACCCUCUUACCCGUCCAAGCCCCAGCAGGCGGUGCAGCGUCCUCAACCCUCUUACCCGUCCAAGCCCCAGCAGGCGGUGCAGCGUCCUCAACCCUCUUACCCGUCCAAGCCCCAGCAGGCGGUGCAGCGUCCUCAACCCUCUUACCCGUCCAAGCCCCAGCAGGCGGUGCAGCGUCCUCAACCCUCUUACCCGUCCAAGCCCCAGCAGGCGGUGCAGCGUCCUCAACCCUCUUACCCGUCCAAGCCCCAGCAGGCGGUGCAGCGUCCUCAACCCUCUUACCCGUCCAAGCCCCAGCAGGCGGUGCAGCGUCCUCAACCCUCUUACCCGUCCAAGCCCCAGCAGGCGGUGCAGCGUCCUCAACCCUCUUACCCGUCCAAGCCCCAGCAGGCGGUGCAGCGUCCUCAACCCUCUUACCCGUCCAAGCCCCAGCAGGCGGUGCAGCGUCCUCAACCCUCUUACCCGUCCAAGCCCCAGCAGGCGGUGCAGCGUCCUCAACCCUCUUACCCGUCCAAGCCCCAGCAGGCGGUGCAGCGUCCUCAACCCUCUUACCCGUCCAAGCCCCAGCAGGCGGUGCAGCGUCCUCAACCCUCUUACCCGUCCAAGCCCCAGCAGGCGGUGCAGCGUCCUCAACCCUCUUACCCGUCCAAGCCCCAGCAGGCGGUGCCGCGUCCUCAACCCUCUUACCCGUCCAAGCCCCAGCAGGCGGUGCCGCGUCCUCAACCCUCUUACCCGUCCAAGCCCCAGCAGGCGGUGCAGCGUCCUCAACCCUCUUACCCGUCCAAGCCCCAGCAGGCGGUGCAGCGUCCUCAACCCUCUUACCCGUCCAAGCCCCAGCAGGCGGUGCAGCGUCCUCAACCCUCUUACCCGUCCAAGCCCCAGCAGGCGGUGCAGCGUCCUCAACCCUCUUACCCGUCCAAGCCCCAGCAGCCCCAGCAGCGUCCUCAACCCUCUUACCCGUCCAAGCCCCAGCAGCCCCAGCAGCGUCCUCAACCCUCUUACCCGUCCAAGCCCCAGCAGCCCCAGCAGCGUCCUCAACCCUCUUACCCGUCCAAGCCCCAGCAGCCCCAGCAGCGUCCUCAACCCUCUUACCCGUCCAAGCCCCAGCAGCCCCAGCAGCGUCCUCAACCCUCUUACCCGUCCAAGCCCCAGCAGCCCCAGCAGCGUCCUCAACCCUCUUACCCGUCCAAGCCCCAGCAGCCCCAGCAGCGUCCUCAACCCUCUUACCCGUCCAAGCCCCAGCAGCCCCAGCAGCGUCCUCAACCCUCUUACCCGUCCAAGCCCCAGCAGCCCCAGCAGCGUCCUCAACCCUCUUACCCGUCCAAGCCCCAGCAGGCGGUGCAGCGUCCUCAACCCUCUUACCCGUCCAAGCCCCAGCAGGCGGUGCAGCGUCCUCAACCCUCUUACCCGUCCAAGCCCCAGCAGGCGGUGCAGCGUCCUCAACCCUCUUACCCGUCCAAGCCCCAGCAGCCCCAGCAGCAUCCUCAACCCUCUUACCCGUCGCAGCCCCAGCAGCGUCCUCAACCCUCUUACCCGUCCAAGCCCCAGCAGCUGCUGCAGCGUCCUCAACCCUCUUACUUUUGGUAG